AUGCGACUAAUCAAGAACAAAAUUGAGCAUGGCGGCUCGGGCAUGGUCACACUAUGUCCCGAGGAGCCCGAGGACAUGUGGCACGCAUACAACCUAAUCCGGCCCGGUGAUCUACUUCGCGCGAGUGCCAUUCGCCGUGUUACCACAACCCAAGAUACCGGCUCAACCUCUUCCAAUCGAGUCCACCUCACCCUCGAGAUCCGCGUGAAGAGCCUCGACUUCGACCCCCAUAGCUCCCAGCUCCAUGUGUCUGGCCAGAUCAUCAACGAGACAGCACAUACCAAAAUUGGCCAGUUCCAUACCCUCGACUUGGAGUUGAACCGCAACUUCACAUUAGAAAAGGAAAUUGGUGCGGACGGCGAGGGUGUCGGUUGGGACAGUAUUGCCGUGGAGCAGCUCAAGGAUGCCGUAGAUGAGGGUGGAAAGCGUCGAGCUGAGGCUGUUGCCGUCGUCAUGCAGGAGGGUUUGGCUCACAUUUGCUUCAUCGGACAAUUCCAGACGAUCAUGAAGCAGAAGAUCGAAAUGUCUGUACCGCGAAAAAGGCAGGGCGGAGGGGAUCAUGAUAAAGGAAUGAACAAGUUUUUCCGUGUGACACUGGAGACUCUUCUUCGACAGAUGGAGUUUAACACCAGCAUCACUUCUGGAUCGAACAAUGAAUCUGUACGGCCGGUGCUUCUUGCUUCUCCUGGCAUCAACGACAAUGCCUGGAUUGAAGCGAUUGCUACCCAGCAUCGUGGUUGUGCAUUCUGCUUCUGGAUAUCUGAACUCUCUCUCGAGGUUCUCCAGUCUCCGGCCGUUAAGGCCCUCCUUGCCGAUACCAAGUAUGCCCGUGAAACGAAAUUGAUGGACGAUUUCUUAGAGCAGUUACGCAAGGAGACGAACAAAGCUACCUACGGUCCGCGUGAGGUCGAGUCAGCUGUUGACCAGGGCGCUGUCGGGCGAGGUGGAGGUGUGCUCAUCCUGUCGAAUCGUCUUUUCCGGUCGCAAGACGUUGCUGAGCGGAAACGAUGGGUAUCACUCGUGGACCGAGUGCGAGAUGUGGAGGGCGGAGAAGUGCGCAUCUUGAGUUCUGAUCAUGAGAGUGGGAAACGUCUAGAGGGCCUUGGAGGUAUUGCAGCGCUGCUAACCUUCCCUGUUGCUGAGGAAGAUUUGGAUUCCGAAGAAGACUAG